CUAGCGAAGCAGAAGAAAGGAGAUUCUCACCUUACAAUUAUCUCUGCAUCAUGAAUGGUUUACCUUUGCAUCUUCUCGAAGAGAUUCUCUUCAAAAUGGAUCCCAAAUCACUAGCAAUGAUGCGAUGCACGAAUAGAUAUUUCCAAUCUUAUAUAUCUGACUCGAAGUUUGAAAAAUACUCUGUCUGGACCAGACCAAGCUUGUUUCACCUUGCCAGCUACGGUGCCACUUACAUCUUUUGCCUGCCUUUGGUCUCUUCAAGAGAUUCUAUGUCAACGGGGAAUGAAGUAAAUAUGCUUAGAGAGCCAUGUUACAUUUUUGGCUCCUGCUCUGGCCUUCUCCUUCUAUAUAUUGGUGGACUCUUUGUCGUAAAUCCCCUCACAAAGUGGUUUCGACUAUUGGAUCAUUCUGCCUCAAAGCUUCUGUCUAUAAUAGUUGGUGGUGAUCGUAACGUUGCUGGUACAGAAAGAUCCAUGUGCGUCGGUUUCACGGUAAACAGAAAUCUGACAACUAAUAGAUUUAAGAUCGUCUGCAUACUCGAGAUGGAAACCGUGUACGGAUUCGAGAUCAGCGACGGAUACUCUUGGAGGUUAUCGGAAACAACCAUCACCACUAGCUCAACAAGUAAUCUUAUGGUGCAAAUGAAGCCUGUUUAUUUAGUCGACAGUCUUCAUUGGUUGAGAAACGAUGGGAGCAUCAUAGCAUUCGAUCCUGAUACAGAGCAAGCAAGCUUGAUUCCUUCUAUAUUUCAUCAAGAACCAGAUAUGAAACUGUUUUUCGCAGCAGACAAUAAGAUUAAUCGACUGACCUUAAUUUCGGGGACAAAAGAAGAAAUUUCGGUUUACACACUCGUCGAGAUCAAAUGGAAGCUAGCCAGGCGGAUCAAGAACGUAUCUAUGAAGGAAAGUGAGCUUGUAUGCUGGAACAUUGUUGUGUACGACGGCAAGCAUCUAGUGUUGACGGAGAGGAAGGAUAGGUUAAAAGGUGUUGUUCAUGUUUACGACAUGGAAGUUAAUAGUUGGGGAGUUUUAGGGUCAACCACACUUUGGUCCAGUGGCGUCCGAGACUUCUAUAAAUUCACGCCAUCCUUGUUCUUUGUCAAGGGGGACGAGCAGCGGAAGGUGAUUGUAGCUUCUAAUGACCAACGCGUGUCCUAUCUCACUGCGAUUAUGGGACUCAUUGAUACAGCCAAGUAAACAAACAAUCUCAUGUAUAACAUUAUGAACCAGACUUCUCCAAGCAUUAUGCACUACCAUCAAUCCAUUUACCAUUUAUAUUCA